UCAGCUGUUUACGUGCGGGAUGUGAAUUCUAAUUUUUAAUGCCGGCAAUAAGUUCUUAAAUUUAUAUUAGUAAAUAUUUGAAGUGAAAUUUAACAAAGAAAUGAGUGACCCAAAUAGAGAUGCAUCCUCUACUUUAAAGGAGGAUGGCACAAAUGCGAGUAUUUUGAUACUAAAUGAUGACUGCCUACUUGAAAUAUUUAAGCAACUAGAAUUGCCGGAUCAGGUGCGUUUGGCGAUGAUUUGCCCACGUUUACGAAAUGUUUUUCAAUAUUACUGCCAGAGACAUCACAAAGUACUGCAAAAAGAUGACCUCAAUGAUAUGAGCGCACGUGAGAUAAGGCGAUUUUUCGAAAUGGCAGGCAGUACGUUGGAGGAACUUAUAAAUCUACCCUACACCGAUCAGGAACGUAACGAAUAUGUGACCCAAGUACAUAAAAACUGUCCAAAUGUGCUGCGAAUUUACUUUGGAAUGACUAAAAUAAAGUCCAAGUGUUUACGUAAACUGCUUAUGAACAUGAAGCAUCUUACCAGUGUGCAUUUACAAAAGUGCUCAUUGGAUGACAAUGCAAUGCAGAGUAUAGCCCAGUUAGCCACUUUAGAAGUAUUAAAAUUAGAAGGAGAGGAAAACGUAACAGGUCGUUAUCUAAGCAAACUUAAAUGCCUAAAGGAACUAACAUUUGUGGAAUGUGGUAUACAAGAUGAUUUCUUUGUUGAAAUUUGCACCUCGCUUAAGGGCCUUAAAAAGCUUACUCUACAGUGGUGUGAAGCACUCACAGAUGUAGCUAUUUCAGCGCUGCCGGUGUAUUGUAUCAACUUGGAAAAGCUUAAUAUAUCCUGCAAUCAAACCAUUGAAUAUUAUGCUAUAGCGCAACUGCCAAAACUAAUUGACUUAGAAUUGUCUGCAGAAUUUUUUAGAACAAAAUCAUUCAAUUUAUUAUUAAACGCAUUAGCCGAAUACAAAGGUGAGCAGCUGCAGUGUUUGCGUAUUUUCUCACCCCGACUCAUUGUUGACGAAGGCAUGAGAUCUUUGUCGCUGUUUAAAAAAUUAAAGGUAUUCGGUUGCGACUGUAGCAAAUAUAUUGAUGUCACGUGUUUAAGACACAUUAGCUCAUUAAAAGACAUGGAAAUCGUUAGCCUAAGGUACUGCCGAUCCGUUACUAACGAAGCAGUAUUGGAGUUAUUGGAUGGUUGUCCAAAGUUGAAGUAUGUUAAUGUAAUGCAUUGUGAUCAGCUAACUGAGGAAUUGGUCUAUAAGACUAUUAAUUUAUUGGAAAGCAGGCAAGGAGGAAAGCAGCCCCAAUGUGAUAAAAGCCCAUUGCUGAUAAUGGUGGCAGGAACGAGAAUACGAGAUUAUAUUUUAGAGGAUACCAAAUAUUUAACUGCACUUGAUGCUGGAACAUUACGACUGAGCUUUGAGAACCCAUUUCAAUACCCGUAUCAAAAUUUAUACUAUACAUUUAAUGUGCCGGCGUUUGGUGAUCUUAAGUACUUUUACUAAAUAGGUACAGCUUAGCUACAUUGCAGAUACGUAGUUAUGUUGUUUGCAAAGUAUAUAUUAAAUUCUUUACAUUAUUCGGCGGCAUUUUAGUUUAGCAACUAUGCCAAGAAUUUAGAACUAUAUAAUUUGUUUGUUACAAAAAAGAGGUUUAUGUAAAUAUGUUUGUACAUGCUGUUUUUAGCUAUUACUUCGCGAAGGUAUUAUACAUAUACAUAC